GUGUUUGUGUGUGCUGAUAACAUAUACCCCCUGCGUGAGGGGGUAUAGGCUGGAAAGGGUGAGGGUGAAGAGGUGUGCCGGGGGAGGCUUUCAGUACUGCCCUGCCCGCCAGUUGACUGUGGGGACUCUGGCGAUGAGACCGUGGACGGUACUGCUGCUGGUGUCCGCUUGGGUUCCGCUCCUCUGCCCCGGCGCCUUGGGCUGCGGCCCGGGGAGAGGUUACGGCAGCCGGCGGAGACACAACCGAAAGCUGACGCCGCUCGCCUACAAGCAGUUCAUCCCCAACGUGGCCGAGAAAACCCUGGGAGCCAGCGGCAAGUCGGAGAGUAAGAUAAACAGGAACGCGUCCCGCUUCAAGGACCUGAUUCCGAAUUACAACCCCGACAUCAUCUUCAAAGACGAGGAGAAAUCCGGCGCGGACAGGCUCAUGACACAGCGUUGCAAAGAUAAGCUGAAUGCCCUUGCAAUCUCGGUGAUGAACCAGUGGCCUGGCGUGAGGCUGCGAGUGACCGAAGGUUGGGAUGAAGAUGGUCACCAUUCUGUGCAGUCCUUGCACUAUGAGGGACGGGCAGUGGACAUCACCACCUCAGACAGAGACCGUUCCAAGUAUGGGAUGCUGGCGCGGCUGGCGGUCGAGGCAGGCUUUGACUGGGUCUACUAUGAAUCAAAGGCUCACAUUCAUUGUUCAGUCAAAUCAGAUCAUUCCAUGGCAGCCAAAACUGGCGGCUGCUUCCCUGGGAAUUCGAGCAUCCUGAUGGAGAACGGCCGGAGGAAGAGGGUGUCCGAGCUGCAGCCUGGAGACCGGGUGCAGACCGUUGAUCAAGACGGGCAGGUUGUUUUCAGCACCUUCGUGGCCUUCCUGGACCGGCAGCCUGAGGCAGUGAAGUUAUUCCACGUGCUCGAGACUCAGGAGCCGCCUCGGAGGCUGCAGCUGACUGCAGCGCACCUGGUCUUCGUGGCGGACAACUUCACCUUGGACCUGGGCCGCUUCAGGCCCACCUUCGCCAGUGAGGUGAGGGCCGGACAGUACAUGUACACGGUGGAUGGCCCUGCGCAGGUGACGGGGGUCUCGCUGCGGGCGGAUGUCGGUGCCUAUGCCCCACUGACCCAGCACGGCACGCUUUUGGUGGACGGUGUGCUGGCCUCCUGCUUUGCCGCCAUCGAGGGCCACAGCCUGGCACAGAUGGCCUUUGCCCCGCUCCGCCUCUGCCAUCGAUUGGCAUCCAUCUUCGGCCAAGUUUGCCCUGCCAUCAACCAGGAGGGCAUUCAUUGGUACUCACAGCUACUGCACCAGAUCGGCAGGCUGGUCCUCAGCCCCAGUGACUUCCACCCCUGGGGCGUGGCACAAGGCUGAGGCCCGGCACCAUGGGAGGGGGGGUGUCUCAGGCACGCGGGAGGCCCCGACCUAUGCCCCCGCAUCUCCUCCUCUCUCCUCCCAGCAGAGGGUAAGAUCAGGUAAAUUGCACUGCUUUGGGGGCAUUGCCCUGUGUCUACAGCUUCCAGAAUUCAUGGAUCUGAGAUCUCCCUUCUCUGGAAGGAAAAAACACCUGCUCAUGAUCUCUGGAGUUAGACUUUGCUUUAGCGGCAUUGAGAAUGAAAGUUUACUUCAUUGCGGCUGAGAAAAAGGAAACUCUCACCUUUGACGAAAUUACCCUGGGCCCCUACUUGAGUCAAAGCCAUCCGUAUCUAAAUGUUGCCUUCUUCAGAGCUGCGGAUAAUUGGACAAGGAUGUUCAGACACAAUCGCGGACUCAGAUUCAAAGUAAUGUGUUUUUCACUCACCUAUCAUUUUGCAGUUUCCUUUACAAAUUGCUGCGUUCCACAUUGAAUGAAAAUUGCUAGGUAAACAAGUCACGUUCUAGCUGUACUGCGGACAGUUUCACUAGUGUAUCGACACAGAUGUAUGACUACGAAGAUGUAUAUAUCCUAAAAUACCUCUCAGUGCGGGGAGAAGCAUAUACAGGGUUAUCAUCUCCGUACAGAGGCUAGACAAGGGACCAUAGCUUGAGUCCCUGUUUGCUUUGCUGCUGAAUCAUGUUCAUUAAAAUCUUUCAUCAUCAGAGGCUGAAGACAACGCUGAGAACUGAAAUAAUAUCAAAUCAUUAGUGAUUGGUUUACAUCAGAAGAGUCACAGCCAAAUCCCUAUGGAGAUUAAAGGAUUUAUUCUUGGAGGUUUCCGUCUGACUUUUCCACCCUCAACAUCCCUCUCAACUUGGACCCACUGUGCUCCUUUUUGCCUCUUAAGGAAGGACUUGCCCCAUUCAUAAUCUCCAUCUGUGUGGGUCAGAUCAGACAAUGAAGGUCCUGACCCCUUUCCUCUACAUGUCACCCCUCCUGACAGAAAAGGGGAGAUAAAUCUUCUCAAGUCUAACCUCAGGACAAACCCAGAAUGAGAACUGUAAAGGGGCUUUGGAAUUUGACUCUUUAAUUGACUAUUUGACCAGGUAGACCCUCCAAUAAACCCACCCUCUAGCCUGACAAUACUUUAAUCUCUGUCUUCCAAAAUGUGCCCCCUCAUCCCCCACGCACCCUACCUUCCCCCCUCAACUGGACUCACCUAUCCUACCAGCUCGUACACCUCCACCUUUUAAUUUAGCUUCUGUCUUCUUCUUUUCCAAUCCUGAUGAAGGGGUCUCAGCCCAAAACGUAGACUGUUUGUCCCCUCCAUAGGUGCUGCCUGACUUGCUGAGAUCCUCUAGCAUUUUGAGUGUGUUGCUCACCUAACUUGUCGUCAACCAUUGCACUGCAACAGGUUUCAACUGUCAGAUUUGAGUUAUCUGGAGGAAGGGAUGGAAAGGCUCUCUUGCAUAAAGUUUGGGCCCCUUAUGUACUGGCAUUGGAGCGAUUCCAGAGGAGGUUCAUGAGAAUGAUCCCAGGAAUUAAAGGGUUAAUGUUUGAGGAGCUCUGUAUUCACUGGCAUUUAGAAGAAUAAAGGGAGCUCUCAUUGAAACCUAUGGAAUAUUGGAAGGCCUAGAUAGAGUGGAGGUGAAGAGGAUGUUUCCUAUUAUGGGGAGAGUGUAGGACCAAAGGGCUCAACCUCAGAAUAGGAGGACAUUCCUUUACAACAGAGAAGAGGAGGAAUUUCUUUAGCCAGAGGUUGGUGAAUCUGUGGAAUUCAUUGCCACAGAUUAUUUUGGAGGCCAAAACAUUGGGUGUAUAUAAAGCAGAGGUUGAUAGGUUCUUAAUAGUAAGGGUGUCAAAUUUUAUGGGGAGAAGGCAGGUGAGUGGGGUUGAGAGAGAUAAUAAAUCAGCCAUGAUAGGAUGGCCUAAUUCUUCUCCUACAUCUUGUAGUCUUACAGUCUUAUGGUAAGGGUUUCUAAACUGUGGAGGCAACACUUCAGAAACUUCCCUCAGCUGACUUUGAACAUGUUGGGAAACUCAAGGUCCAAUGGGAACUUAUACACCCAAGUCAUCAGGUUGCAGUACCCCAUUUGAAGAACAGCAUGACAUUUGGAAUGUUAUGUAUAAAAACAAGCUUGCAGAUUGUACAGGAAUGUUAAGUUUGAAAUCCUUUGAUCUCUCCAACUCCGCCCCAGUACUCACUCACGCAAGAUUACUCUACUCCAGAUUUCCUUAACCACCUCAGUUUGUUCAUGGGUUUGCUUUGGAUGGCAGGAAGGCCUUUUUUUGCCAGCUGCCUUUAGUGAAUUUUUUUAUUUAUCUUCAAAAAUAUCUAAAUACAGUUCCAAUUCUUCAACCUGCAAACAGCAGUCUUAUAAAUCUUGAACAACACCAACAAAAUGCUGGAGAAACUCAGAAGGUCAGGCAGCAUCUAUGGAGAGGAAUAAACAGUCAACAUUUUGGGUGAAGACCCUUCGUCAGGUUUGGGAAUUAAGGGGGAAGAAGCCAGAAUAAGAAGGUGGAGGGAAGGAGAGAGGAGUACAAGCUGCUGGGUGAUAGGUGGGGGGAAAAGUACGAGGUUAGAGGAGGGGAGAUGAAGUGAAAGGUUGGAAGGUGAUAGGUGGAAGAGUUGAAGGGCUGAAGGAGGAAUUGGCCUUCUUAGGAGAGGACUAUGGACCUUUAGAUCUAAUCCAAUGGUGGACUCUCUUCGCUCAGCCAACAACAACAAAGAAAUUUCUGGCUCCUUGUUGGCUGCAAAUCCACUGCUAUAUGUUGUAUAAACAUGGUGAUGAUGCAACCAUAAUAAAGGAGUUGGUCAGGAAAUUUUUAGUAUCCUGACAAGUUGCAAGUAGUCUUCCUGCAGAAAUUCCUGCUGCCCUAUUUCAGGCUGAAUUUUCCUGGAAGUUGUCAGUUUAUGGGGGAUCUUCUGACAAGAUGAAUGAGUUGAGAAAGGGAUCGAUUGCUGGUGGGUUGAUGAUGUUCCUGUGAUGUCACAUAGGGGAGUGCCAAUCCAAUAUGGCGGCCAAAGAUGGCAGAGUGGAGCCUUGAGAGAUGGAGAAACAUCAGAAGAGGAGGGAGGCUUUGUAACUGUGGCAAUGAUGGAGAUGUCAAGUGGAAGGAAUGUCACUCUCUGUGAAUCCUAAGUACUCUGAAUUGGAGAAGGAGGCAAUGUUGUCCCAUUUCUUUUUCUUUCUACAUCAUGGAAACAAAGCUGUCUCCUCAACUCAUUCUGGGCUAUGUAAAUUCUGAGCCAGCUCUAUAGACUGGACAAAGAGAUUCAAAAGAGGGGAGUGUUUCUCAUUCAUUACACCCAGUGCCGUGAAAACCCCUGGAACCCGACUCCAUGUCACGUCUAUCGGCACACCAAGCAACAUUGGCAAACCACAGGACUGGAAGUCCAGCUGAAUGCUUUGUAUUUUGCGACUUGACGAUACGCUGGAUUCAACCUAGUUUAACUAAUGAUGUGACGAUGUGCUAGACUGAACAUGAGACUGAGCAUGUGAGAAAGCGCAUACGUGACUAAUCAUGUGACUGGGCACAGGACGAUGACUGUGUGUAACUGUACACCUGACACUUCAUGUGUAACAUGGAAAUGAACACGCAACUGAAUAUAUACGUGUGAGCUCAUGACCAAACACCAGACUGUAUUACUCGUCACAUGAGCCAGUACAUAACUGGACACGAAUACGUGCCUCAAAACUUGUUAGAAAAUUUUAUGCACACACGUACAUGCACACACACAUUUGGGUUUUAAAUCUCCAUUUACAGAUAUACCCCAUUCAAUGCUCAAUUCUCCCCCUAAGUUAGUUGAUUUUAUUUGAUUUUGGAAAGAAAAUAUAUGUAUAUUUCCCGCAACUACAAUUUAAUGUGUAAAUUUACACCCCAGGCCUUGUGUGUUACUUAUGAGAUUUAUUUUUAUACUUGUGAAUUGUAAUAUAGAAUUGUAAAAGUUGGCUGUCAAUAUGAAUUUUAUUAUAUUAUAUAUUAAAAUGCUAUCAAUCUGUAAAGUUUUAAUUUAAAAGAUUUUCAAGAAUAGAGAUAUUUUUAUCUUGACUUCUGAUGUUAUUCUGGAAUCUCCUGUGACUAAUCUUGCAAUGUACUUUGUUUUCUUCUAUUUAAUGAAUAAAAUUAAUAUCUGAUCACUGACCUGCUCUGUCAUGUGCACUGUUUCAUGAGAGUGAAGGGGAUGUGGAGCCGUCUUGUCCGUGGUGGUCCAAUU